AUGGAAAUAUCCAAUCGGUCUACUGUGACAGAGUUUGUCUUGCUGGGACUCUCUGCCCAGCCAAAACUAGAGAAAACAUUCUUUGUGCUCAUCCUGCUGAUGUACCUGGUGGUCCUGCUGGGCAACGGGGUCCUCAUCCUGGUGACUGUGUCUGACUCCCGCCUGCACACGCCCAUGUACUUCUUCCUGGGGAACCUCUCCUUCCUGGACAUCUGCUACACGACCUCCUCAGUCCCUCUGGUCCUGGAUGGUUUCCUCACUCCCAAGAAAACCAUCCCCUUCUCAGCCUGUGCUGUGCAGAUGUUCCUGUCCUUUGCCAUGGGAGCCACAGAGUGUGUGCUCCUGGGCAUGAUGGCGUUUGAUCGCUACGUGGCCAUCUGCAACCCUCUGAGGUACCCCGUGGUCAUGAGCAAGGCUGCCUACGUGCCCAUGGCCGUCAGUUCCUGGGUGGCUGGUGGAGCCAACUCCCUGGUGCAGAUCUCUCUUGCAAUACAAUUACCUUUCUGUGGGGACAACGUCAUCAAUCAUUUCACUUGUGAGAUCCUGGCUGUCCUGAAGUUGGCCUGUGCUGACAUCUCCAUCAAUGUGAUCAGCAUGGCGGUGGCCAAUGUGGUCUUCCUGGGGGUCCCAGUUCUGUCCAUCUUUGUCUCCUACAUCUUCAUACUCACCACCAUCCUGAGGAUCCCCUCAGCUGAGGGGCGGCGAAAGGCUUUCUCCACCUGCUCUGCACAUCUCACUGUGGUGGUCAUUUUCUAUGGGACUAUUCUUUUCAUGUAUGCAAAGCCCAAAUCAAAGGACCCCCUGGGGGCAGACAAACAGGAUGUUUCAGACAAGCUCAUUUCCCUCUUCUAUGGAGUUUUGACCCCCAUGCUGAACCCCAUCAUCUACAGCCUCAGAAACAAGGAUGUGAAGGUCGCUGUGAAAAACCUGGUGAGUCAGAAACGCUUCACCCAGUGA